AUGAUUAGGAGGUUUUCACUACUGUAUUUGGUACUAGGAGCUUUAUUCAUAACUAUAGUAUUAUUUAAUUUAAGUAUAUUAACUAAUAAAGAUUCUUCAAAUCUUGAAACAUCAAAAAUAAAUGGAGCAACUUAUUAUACGGGGGGCAGUCACAAAGUUCAAAGUCAUGUAAAUAACGUUGAAAGUGAAGAAUUUACAAAAUCUUUACUCAAAGAGUUAGAAGAUACUAAAAAAGAAGAAUUAUUAGACGAAUUAAGGGAAAAAAUGGCUAAAACAGAAAAAACAUCCAUAUUACAAACAUUAAAGACUGAGUUAAAAUUAAAAUAUUCAGAAGAUAUUAAAAAAAUUGUACGUAAAGAGAUUGAACAAGAGCAAACUAAUGAAUUUUUUAAACAAAGUAGGUUAAGUUUCAAAACUCUAGAAGAUUUGACUUUAAAAUAUUCUCUUGAACAUAAAGAUGUUGAUUUAAAACUUUCAAGUAUUUUACAAAUUUUACAAGAUGAAAAAAUUGUCGAUGAAAGUACAAUUCAGUCAGCAACCAGUAAAUUCUUUGAUAGAAGGAAAUAUUUUCAAUAUUUAUUAUUAGAUAUCUUAUUAAAUAAUAAACCUAAAUGUGAAGGGUUUAAAAAAGAUGAAUAUGGUCAGCACUUAAACCCUACUUACCAAUGGGAUGCUAGAGUGAUAUCCGAAAACUAUCUUAAAUCUUCAAACAUUAAAAUGAGCGGUGAAAAAUUUACAUGUUUACAAAACGCUCAUGAUGAAGUCGUUAAACAGUUAAAGACAUUACCUGAUCCACCAAGUCAAUUUAUUAAUGGAUAUGGUAUUGUGAUCAAUGGUGGUGGUAAUAUGAUUGGAGCUGCAUUAACUUCAAUUGCUAAUUUAAGAGAUCAAGGUUCUCAAUUACCUAUUGAGUUAAUAUUAGAUACAGAAGAAGAAUAUGAUAAAGAAAUUUGUGAAGUUUUAUUACCAAACAAAUUGAAUGCAAAAUGUAAAAUUGUUGAAAAUGAAAUUGGUAAAGAUUUAUUUAAUAAAAUUGAUGAGAAAUUUUCAAGAAAGAUUUUGGGUAUAUUGAUUAGUUCGUUUGAUCAUACAAUUGCUUUAGAUGCUGAUAAUUUUGCCAUUAAAAAUAUUGAUAAUUUAUUAACUACCGAACCGUACUUGUCAACAAAAAUGAUCUUAUGGCCUGAUUUAUGGGUGAAAUUAACAAGUCCAUUGUUUUAUAAAAUUGCAAGAAUUGAAAAAGGUGAACCAAUUCAUAGAUUUGGAAUUUCAAAUGAUCAAAAAUUCGAGGAUUAUAUAACAAAGGAUAAGAUGAAUGAUAUCCACUAUCAUGAUUUUAGUGGCUUACCAUCUCCAAUAAGUGUCGAAACUGGUCAACUAGUAUUUAGUAAAAAAGAACAUUUGAAAAGUUUGUUACUUGCAUUAUACUACAAUAUAAAUUCAAAAGAUUGGUAUGAAGAAUUAAUUUAUCAAGGUGCAUAUGGUCCUGGUGAUCGUGAAACUAUAGUGCCGGCAUUACACGUUAUGAAUGAAAGAUAUACAUUGGAUUUUCAAAAAGUUUUCAUUUAUGGGUAUAAAGCUGAGAAUGGUAAAGAUUCUGAAACAACCUUAGGACAAACCGAUCCAAGAGAUUCAUAUGAUUUUUAUAAAGAUUGGAGAACUUUCCUUAGUAAAAAAAAUCUCGAUACGAGAUUAAAUCCAUGGCAAAGUGGUGGCUUUACAGAAAGAUUACUUGAUCAAUUCAAAGACUAUAAAAGAAAAAUUCUAGAAGAUGCCAAGUUGGAAGAUGAACAAACAGCACACAGAGUAAUUGACUAUAAAUUACCAGAAAUAUUGUUUUUGCAUUGUAAUCAUCCAAAAAUUGAUCCUGUUAAAAACAGUCAAGAAGGUGAAUAUGGAGUUUAUUCAAGAAGAAAUAUGGGUUUACCAAAAGAUAUUCAAAAAUCUUUCAAUAUGAAAGAUUGGGAAUUAAAAUUUCAUUCAUUAUCAAGAUGGGUUGCUUGUGAUUUAUUAAUGAAUAAUGAGCAUUUCUGGAAUAAUAUUGCAAAACUAAAACAAUCUGAUGUUUGUGAAUCUGUUUCAAACUAUAUUAAGUUUUUAAGAAAAGAUACAUUUGAUCCAUCAUCCGAAUCAACGAUUUUUACAAAACAAAAAGUCGAAGAGAGUCAACAAAAUCAAAUUAAUAAACUUGAAAAUGAAAUAGCUGCUCCUAAUCCAAAUCCAAAUCCUGAAGGCUCUGAACAAUUAUAG